GUAUUCUUAGCAUUUGACAUAUUGCCAUUUUGAAUUUCAGUUUGACAGCAGGGGUCGAUAUAUGUAUACCGAUGAAGGCCACACAUACAGUGAUGUUAUUGUUGACGAUCAAUGUAGGUGCAGUAGGUGCCCACAAUAAUUGUAAAGUAUUGAGUGGAAAUUCGGACAAAAAUGUGGCGUGUCGUCGUUCUUCUGGAUCCUACACAUUACUCUACGCAUUUACCGCUUAUGUGAUCAUCAGUGUUUUGAUUGUGGCAACAAUAUAAAUACGGAUGUAAACAUUUGCCAUUCACCAACACACAUGAACAAACGCAUGGGAUUUGACAACUGGGGUUGAUCCUCUUUUUCCUACCAAAUGUUCUACAUGACUACACCUCCUUAUAUACCCACUUUGGUGGAAACGUACAGAGAGGUUCCUGCGUCGCUGAGCACAAGGAACGAGCUCAUUCCACGCUUGAUCAUCGGACGAGACGGUUCAUAACACGAGUUUAGUACAAAGGUGAUAAAAUUUUGUUAUCCCUGCAGUAAGAAAGCAACGCAAUAGUAGUGCAUUGCGCAGUUGUAAAAGUGCAUCGUGUCCCGAUAAUAUAUAUCGAAUAAACUGAUCUUGGAGGAAGGUGAAUCAUGGCAGAGGAAGAACAACGUAUCAAUGGUCCAGGAAAGGCAAAAGUCGGUCUUAAAUUCGAUGAUUCGUUAAGUUCCCGUAUUGAGCAAUUGGUGAACAACGAGUUCAUGUCGGACGUAACAUUCAUUGUAGGACCAGAAAAGCAACGAAUCUUCGCACACAGGCUACAUUUGGUGACGGUGUCGGAAUAUUUCUACACUAUGUUCUACGGGAACUUUGCUGAAGCAGAACUCAAUGAGAUCGAACUGCUGGAGGAAGAUCCGGAAAGAUUCCUAACGAUCUUGCGAAUAAUUUACGGUGCUCAGGUGGAAAUUAAUGAUAAGAACAUUCUAGGUAUCUACAGCCGUAUGAAAAUGUACUUAUUACCAAAAGAGUGUUACAAGCCACUGAUAAAAUUUAUAAGUGAUCAGAUAGUCGACAAAGAUACUGCUAUGAAGAUUUUCCGGUUAAAUAACUACUACGAAUUUGCGUGUGUGGAUGCAUUAUGCAUACCGUACAUUCAAAACAAUCCACUGUAUUACUUUCGAAAAGAUGAUUUUUCAAAGAUUGAGGAAGAAAUAAUGCGUAAGAUUGUGUGCUUACAACAAAUCAAUUGCACAGAUGAACAGUUACUUUUUGCACUUGAAACAUGUGAGUUUACACAUAACAAAUUCGAUUCGAAAACAUUGAAAAAACUUUCGUUAACCGCCGACGCUGAAACAUUUUCAUUGAAGCUUACAUCAGGGAAAAAGUUAUCAUUGUAUGGUAUAGGGGUUUACAUAAUGCCUACUGAAGGUGCUGCUUUGGCUAGACUGUGUUUGCGUGAUAUUGAUAAUGUCUAUAAAGAAAUUUGCGUUUUAAAUUUCGUUAAACGUUUAAAGCCAUGUUUGGAGAUAGUGGAUCUGAUGUUCGAAGAAAUUGUUUUGGCUUUAAACAGAACAUAUGAAUUUCGUCUAACUAUACAAAACAAUAAUGGCGUUGUUGUUUUCAGUACCUGUGCUCAACCAUCGUUACAACAUCAGAGUAUUAACAUAACUUUUUCUCAAUCCACACAUAAUAAUCAAUAUAGUAACGCUCUCGCUCACUUGUGGGUCAAGAAUCCUAAUUGCCAACUUAAGGAAAAUCAAGAGCCGCAAUCAUGCUGCACGUUCAGCGAAAUGAAUUAGAAAGUUGUCGUUAAUUUAAGAAAAAUGUAUUAUGGAUAAUCUAUUAUGUAUCUGACAAAGAUUUAAAUUGGCACGCAGAAAUUCCUUAUGGUUUGACGAACUCAGAGACGGGAAUUGAACCUUAAAUGCGAAUCAAAUCCAGAACUUGUUCAUACAUCUAUGCUUGAUGAAGUUACUUCAAAUAGUUGGCAUUUAUCUUUUGCAUUAACUUUUUGUUGCGUUGUCGAAUAAUCUAUCUCUAGCAAGUUAUGGUCCGACACGAUGUGAACCACAAUAAACUUAAGCACCACGUCAAACGCCGAGGCAUUCGACCAAAAUCUGUUAACGAUUUAAGUAACAUGUAAUUUGUUGAUCGUAAAUAUAAUAAUGAACCUAAAGAUCAUAA